UAAGAAAUUGAUGUGAUGGGAUCAAAACAUUUACAGUCAACUGCAAUGGAGAUAAAUAUUUUUUGAGAAAGAAGCGUUCAACUAUCAUAAUUGUUCGAUGGGGAAAGCCAAAUUACUUAAUUAUCCCUGAGUUUCAGAAAACAGAGGGACGAAGACGCUUCCAAAAAUUACCCAUAUUCAAUCCUUUUGUCCAAAUUUCUUUCUUUUUUUUUUUCCCUCUAUUUCCUUCUUCCAACUUUCGCCGGCGUCAGCACUAAUUCCGGUGGGUUCGCGAGCUUCGGCAUAAUCCUCACCCUUUGCUCUCUCUUUCCCGUUUCUGAUCUUCCCUCUCAAGAUAAGGGUAAAAAUGUAAUUAUGGUUCCUUAUAAGCAAUUCUGGAAGCUGGCAAAAUCCCUUUAUUAAUGAGUAUUUAUUUCCAUGGGAAUCGAUACUAAUUUAUUCUUACUGCAUUGCCCUGAUUUGUGAUUCUCUGCUGACAGGGUCACGGUUUUAGGCGAUCUAACGAAUAAGAUAAUUUCUCCCGUUACAACCCAAAAGUCAAGGAGGCGGAUACCCGUCGAAAAGGUCCAAGAAGGGAAAGGAUGAUGUGGCUGAGAGACAUUGUGCCAGCUGCACAAAACAACAUAAACACGCACUUCAUAUUGUUGGACAAGGGCAAGAUAACCAGGGAUGGUCAAAAUAAGAUGUGCUUGGCGCUUGCGGGGGACAAGACGGCGGCUGUUCACUUGCAGCUGUGGGGUGAGGAGUGUGAUGCAUUUGAGGCAGGUGACAUUAUUAGAAUGGAGAACGGCAUUUUUUCCUACAACAGGAACAAUCUGGUGCUGAGGGCAGGCAAGAGAGGGAAGGUAGAGAAGGUGGGAGAAUUCACCAUGGAAUUUGUGGAGACACCAAAUAUGAGCGAAAUCAAAUGGGUUCCUGACCCUAAUAAUUUCAAUAAGUAUGUGCAACACUCUGUUAUUUCCCCUCAUUCACGCAUUUUCCCCCCAAUUCCCUAGGUUUUUCAUUUGGGUUUCUUCAUUUUCCCACGCUGGUGUGUUUGUACUUGAUAUAUUUGUUCAAGGUCUUGUAACCAGUUAAACUCGUCAAUGCACGACAAACUUGAAAAAUAAAUAGUUUUAUUGUUUACACAGGCAGUGGCACAUGGUUAAAUCCAAAAAUCAAAAAUUGCUUCAUGCAAGACCUAGAUGUAUCGCCAUUUAUGUUACAAUGCACACACUGAAAAAAAAAA